AUGAUUCCCUGGCCCCGUCUGUCCGCCUUCCCUCUGGUCCCCUCUCCCGUGCCCUUUGCAUGCCCUCUCUGGCCUCCCGUGCCCGCUCUGCUCCCUGCGCCAAGGUUCCGCUCCCUGUCCUGCCCUCUUGACGGCUCCCUCCGGACUCGUUCCGCCUCUCCCACGAUCCUCCCCGCCCUUCUGUCCGUCCCCACUGCGGCGUCGGCGGCACGCGCGCCUCCCGCUCCUCCCACCUGCCCGUCUCGUGCCGCGGCCGCCUCUCUGGUGAUGGUGACCACGUGUCCAGGUGCUCCUGCCAACGGGCGAGCGGGACCAACUCCUGUCUCUCCGCUCCCUCUGCCCCGUCCCUCCUGCCGAGCGCCUGAUGCUGCUGCGCCCCCCUUGCUGCUGACCGUGCUGCUUCGGCGACGCAGGUUCCGCUACCUGCCUCCUGUCACCCCGCGGCUGCCAUCGUCCCGCCGAAUGCGCGGCGCCGCCGCUCCACUCCCCAUGUUCCUGGCGCUCGCCGUGCGGGCGGAACUCGCCCACGCGCCACUCCUCGCGGCGCCGCUCCCUCUCCGGCGAGCGUGA